UCUUGCUAUCACCAUGGCCGGCGGUGAAGCAAACAGCUACUACCAGAUGCCGGAUGGCGAUCGCCAGAAGGACUAUCCUAUGCAACCCCAGCAGGCAUACAACCAGAAUGGCCAGUACCAACAGCCCUACCAGAAUGACCAGCAACAACAGCCCUACCAGAAUGGUCAGGGCUAUUCGCAACCGCCUCCCAACUAUGGCCAGAACUUCAAUCCCCGCCCUGACAUGAAUGGCUACGACAACAAGCCUACCUUUGAGCAGGCCUUCAAGAUCGACAAGCCAAAGUGGAACGACUGGUGGGCUGGUCUUCUUUUCCUCGCUGAUACAUCGUUGUCUCUGGAAUCUCCCUUCAAGGCUACGNCUGCGACCAAGGGUUUCAAUGGCGGCGGCAUCUACGACAGCAACAAUGAUUUCGGCCUUGACACCAACACCAUUGUUCUCUUCGCCUUCUGUCUUGCCAUGGCAAUGGUCCUGAGUUAUGCCUACAUCUGGUUAGCCCGCGCAUUCACANAAGAACAACACGCGUUACUUGUAGUGUCAACGAAUACUGACAUGCGACAGCAAUUUAUCUGGAUCACCGGUAUCAUCCACAUCAUCGCUGGUUUUGCGACCGCCAUUUACAUGUUGUCGAGAAAGUAUUGGUCGGGUGGUAUUGUUUUCCUCCUCUUCUCAAUAUUCACCGUCGUCUGCUUCAUCUCGUGGAUCCCCAGAAUUCCUUUCAGUGUGGUCAUGCUGCAAACAAGCAUCGACGUUUCGAAGAAGUUCGGGCACGUCUAUAUCGUUUCGCUUGUUGGCGGCAUCCUCGCAACUGCGCUAGGUGCUUGGUUCUCGGUCACUUUCGUUGCUGUGUAUGUCAAAUACGAACCAGGCGCCAAUCCAGCCUGUUCUACAGGCGCUGGUGGCUGUUCAAGCGCCAAAGUCAUUGGUCUGCUCGUCUUCAUCACGUUUGCGAUGUAUUGGAUCUCCGAGUUCCUUAAGAACAUGAUUCAUGUCAUCAUUUCUGGAGUUUACGGCUCGUGGUACUUCUGUUCUCACAACCCUCCCAAGAACAUUACCCGAGGAGCCGCUCGCCGCUCUUUGACCUACAGCUUUGGAAGUAUCAGUCUCGGAAGCUUGGUGGUAGCAAUCAUCAACAUGCUCAGACAGGCAUGCAGUAUUGCACGACAGCAAGAAGCAAAUUCUGGAAACAUCGCUGCCGACAUUGCGCUCUGCGUUCUCCAGUGCCUUAUCGGAAUCUUGGACUGGGCUGUCCAAUUUAUCAACCUAUAUCGCGCUGUACGGCAAGGGCUAUGUCCCCGCCGCCAAGGCCACUUGGACGAUCGCGGUAUUGACGCUUUGGUUAACGAGUGCCUCAUUGGCCCCGUACUGACUCAGGGCGCUACGGCCAUCGCUUACCUGUGCGCUCUUUUGGCCUACCUGUACCUCAUCUUCACCUCGCCUGCGUACAACAGCGGCGGCGAGUAUACACCCGUUGUCGUUGCGUUCGCGUUCUUGAUUGGCCUACAGAUCGCCAAUAUCUUCACAACCCCGCUUAGCAGUGGCAUCGACACUAUAUUCGUUGCUGCAGCCUUCGACCCGCAAGUAAUGAUCACAGAACACCCGGACUUGUACGCCCAGAUGGUGUCGACAUACCCUCAUGUUCAGCAGGCCAUUCAUGCC